AUGGCAUUUCUUAUCUUGUUCUACCUUCGGCUCUAUCUCUACCCGAGACGAGUGCUGCACAUCACCAACUGGUGCGUCUACAUCCUACACAAAGGAGGACAUCCAAGGUUCUACCUGGUUAUCAAUGUACUGCUAAUCUCUUUGCAGUUCAUGCACAUCUACUGGUCUUGGUUUAUCCUGAAGCUCUGCUUCCGUGUUUUGACCGGUCGGAUGAAGGAGCUGAGUGAUAUUCGAGAAGAAAAUGAGCCCGUUUUGUGUAGCAAACCUGAUACAAAAACUGAGGUCCCUUCCAUGAGUUCCAACUGCCAUGAAAAGAACUCUAUAAAUGGAGUUAUAACAGGCAAGUUGUCCGACGACUGUUCAAAGUCUAGACUUCACCUUAAAUCUGCCUAG